AUGCGAGGAAUAGUUGCUACCCACGCCUCAAACUUUCACUGCGACGACGUCUCCGCGUCGGUACUGUUGGGGUACACGAACUUGUAUCGACAUCACCGACUUAUUCGUACACUCGACCCCAUCGAAUUGAAUCGCUGUGACUUGGUGUUUGAUAUUGGCGGAGUGUAUGACCCCGACACAAACAGAUAUGACCACCACCAAAAGGGGUUUGUCGAAACGUACAGCUCACAACACACAAUCCGCUUAAGUUCGUGCGGACUCAUUUACAAACACUUUGGAAAAGAGAUCAUCGCGAAUGUCAUCGACUUUAUCGACCCAUUCGGAGAGAAGUUAACUGCCGACCAACUCUCGUGGCUUGAGCUGAAGAUUUAUAACAGCUUCAUCAUUGCUAUUGAUGCGAACGAUAAUGGCAUUGACCCCUAUGACGGGACUCCACUGUUCAGAGACUCGACAACACUCCCCGCAAGAGUCGCCAAAUUGAACUCGAAGGGGAAUGGAAUGCUUCGAAUGGAACAAUUUAUGAAGGCGCAAGAACUGGUGCGCAGCGAAUUCAUCGAGUUUUUCUCUGCAAUUUAUUUCAAGGUGAUUCCAUCACUCCCACCCGUCAGCGACGUUUUUAAAACGCGCGAGAAGUACGACGCAGAAGGCAGAAUUCUUGUGUUCAAGAACAAAUGCAAUUGGAGAGACUUUUUGGAAGAUUUGGAGACGGAAGAAGCACUUAAAACAGGGAAGUUAAGGCAGGUGUUGUAUGUUGUCUCAUUUGACGAUACAAGAGGACAAUGGGGGUGUAUUGCUGUUCCGAUUGCACAGGGGAGUUUCAAAAUGCGCAAACCAUUUCCGUUGCCAUGGAGAGGACUCCGGGAUGAAAAGAUGAGUGAAGUGACUGGAGUCGAAGGGUCUGUAUUCACACACAACUCGGGAUUUUUGUGUUGCCAUAAGACGUACGACGGGAUGUUGAAACUGACACAGUUAGCGUGUGCAUUUAAAGACUGA